CGAAGCGGGGCGAGCGGAGCGAGCCCGCGAGGGUACUUUUCGGGUACCCUGUUCGGCCAUAGCUCCUCCCCCUGUUGACGUGUCUCCUCCCCUAGAUGAGAAAAAGUUCACAGAUAAAUUGAAAGGAAACAGGAAAUGUAGAAGCUCCCUUGAGAAAGACUUGCAGACAAUUAAAAGAAAGUAGAGAGGAUCAGAGAUCAGGAUUGGACAGUGAUAUGCAGACAAACAUUUGCAGUCUUUCCUUUGCCGUCUUACUUUCUGCUGGAUUAUUCAAUGAUGGUCCAUUAAUGUUUACAGAUGCGGAAGUUGACCAAUCAGAUACAGAAACACCAACCAUCUCAUUACAUUGGGACAGUACAUACCUUCCUUCUACACCUGAUCCCGACCAAACUCUGUUUCCUACCACAGAGGAGAAUUACAAUGAUACAGAUAUUGAAGUGACUGUACCACCUGAAGUUUCCGAUUUAGAUGUAACCACUAUCCUGACAUAUGCUGCACCAGCCAUCAUAUUGCUCUUGCUAAUACCGCUAAUGAUUUUUAUUGUUAAAAAGAAGAGACGGAAAAAGGAUAAAGAAGAUAUGCCAACAAGUGAGGAUAUUAAAAGUCCUAUAUUUGAAGAGGACACCCCAUCAGUAAUGGAAAUCGAGAUGGAUGAUCUUGACAAAUGGAUGAGCUAUAUGAGGAAAGGAAGCAGUCGGUUGUCUACACUGGAUGAAGAGAAACAUUUCACAGAAAGUGGAGAGUUUGGAUCCCUUGGAACCUUUACAAGUGGACAGCUGAGAUCCCCCUGUGAUUGAAUCCCCAAACUUAAAGGUGCUGAAUCCUGACGGGUGUUCAUAAUGUUUGUUCUUGGUACCCCCACGCUACAACUGGAAAUAUCUCAAGAAGCUUUAUCUCAAAAGUUACAAAUAUAAAGAUUAAUGUUCCCAUGUUUUGUUAUUUUUAAUUUUUAAUAAAGUUUUCACAAGUUGUACAA